AUGGUUUUGGGACCUGGGAAGCCCCUGACAUGUCCAUGGACCUAUGCCACCUACAUCUCAGGUGUCACAGGUGCUACAGGUGGAAGAGGAGAGGGCGGGGAGUCAUCAGGGAUGGAGAAUGGCAGCAGCUGGACUGGCAGCAGCUGGACUGGCAGCAGCUGGGCUUGCAGCAGCUGGACUGGCAGCAGCUACUGGAUCCACAGCCUCCCUGGCAGCCCCCACAGGAGCCACAGCUGGAGCAGGAACAGACAGAGUCAGACUCCCAAUGAGGCUGCAGGUAAGAAGUAUGAAGGGAAGGAGGAAGAACCUUCUGGAAUCAGCUGGACUGGCAGCCCCCCUUGGUGCCCCCACAGGAGCCACAGCUGGAGCAGGAGCAGGCAGGCACGCAGCCGCACACGGGCUUGCAGCAGCACACAGGUUCGCAGCAGCACCAGCUGGAGCCACAGCCCCCACAGCCUCCGGAACAGCCACAGCAGCCCAUGAUUCUGGCGGGUUGAGGGUGGAGUCGGUCAGAGGAGAAGGUUGAGAGAGGAAGGUGUUCAGGAGCCACAGCUGGAGCAGGAGCAGGCUGGCACGCAGCAGCACACGGGCUUGCAGCAGCACACGGGCACGCAGCAGCUGGACUGGCAGCAGCUGGACUGGCAGCCCCCCUUGGAGCCCCCACAGGAGCCACAGCCCCCCUUGGUGCCCCCACACGAGCCGCAGCUGGAGCAGGAGCAGGCUGGCACGCAGCCGCACACGGGCUUGCAGCAGCACACGGGUUUGCAGCAGCACGCGGGCACGCAGCAGCUGGAGCCGCAGCCCCCACAGCUGGAGCCGUAG